AUGGGCGACGAGAAGUCGUUGAUUCCAAUGGGAAGCAGAGAGAGGGAGAGAGAUCGGGAGCUGCUAAUCCCAGUGGAGGGGGAUCCGGCUGAAGACUCCGAUUCCAAAGCGUCGGCCUCCAACUCGUCCUCCUCACAUCAUCAUCAUCACCACCACCACCACUCCGGGCGCGAGGUCAGCCCUCUUUUUGUUCGGAUCCCGUUGACUCGCUGCUUCUUGCCGGAUAAGACUGAAGAUUUGAGUUAUUAUGCCUGCCUUCACGUGAUUCUAUUGACUGGUUAUCAUUGAAGACGUUAUAUUUAUUCAUUGUUGUUGAUGAACCGUCACUUUUUGUUUACAGUACCCUAGUUUCUGUCGAUUUUAAAUUUAGAUGGUUUUGAAUGCUUUCGGGGUGAAAAUUUGAUCUCAAACUGUUUGACAAAAACACUUUUUAAGAUAUGUAACUGACAUAUUGAAAAGGAGUUGGCUUUGAAGGUUCGGUGGAGUUGGAUUUUUUUUCCCGUUUUAUAAAUAUCUGGAUGCUCUCAACUCUCGUCUUAGCCCUUUCAAUUUUCCGUUGCAAGUCGUUUUGAAAUGGCCGUAUGCUUGCGGCUAAUUUCCGUUUCCAAUUAUUUUAAGUUCGCAAAGUUCUUGUCUACUUUUAUGUUCUACAUUAAUUUAAAAUCAUAUUUUCUUCCGGAUUUCAUGUAAGUUUAAUGGCGCGCAUGUUAGUAUCAUUCAUUUAAAAACUUACUACGCUUUAUACCAUUGCUUGGAAAUAAAUGCGGCUGAUAGCCAAUCCAGAAAUUAGCCAAUUACUUUGAAACGGAGAUUGCAUAAUCCAGAAUUCAGAAAAAGCCUAAUAUAUGCAGCAGCAUUCGUUAUUAACUCAGUAGCCAUAAAUAUCUAAAUGAUUCCGUGAUCACAAUACGCAACCUUUUGAUGAAUGAUAUAUAUCGCUUUUAAAGUGUAAAAAAAUAUUAAUCGAAACGAGACAGAGAAACACAAUAUCAUCCAGUCUCUUCGCACAAAUUGUCAAAUCUUUCUCCCCUGCGGUGCUGCCUGCCACCUGGGAUUACAGUAUGGAGGCCUGUACCAUGUAUUUCGUUGGCUUCAUAAUGCAUUUGCUACCCAUUAAACAGUAUUCCGUCUAUUUAUUAACGAUUUAUUUUCAGAAACACCUCAAUUUCUCUCUGUAUUUGAUAUUCAUUUUCAUGGCUAUGGAUCUAAAAAUCUAAUAGACCGCUAAAGAUGGGUUAAUAAAUGAUCAUAAUGGCAACGUUCAUUUUGGAUUAUCUAAAAUACUACUGUUAUGUAUUCGGUUUUUCUUUACAUGAAAGGACCCUUAUUGGGUGAAAGAAUUGAUUUUACGAUAAAUGUUGGAGCAGGUAAAAAAUAUCUUGACCAAGAUGAAAUCAUCGCUGGCAAAUCCCAGCUGAAUUUACUGGGCUCAUUUUGUCAUGUUUGAGAGUUACUAGUUCCUAAGAAUUGUUGCGUCUACGGCUGAUUCUCUCUGGCCAGGUUUAUGGACCCGCAACCUCAUUUUCCAUGGGAUUUGCUAUUUUGUGAACCAACAGAGUUUUCAAUUGUAUGCGUAUCAUUAUGCUAGCUUUGUACAUGAUUCCAAAAUUCCAACAUAAAUGAAUAAUGAAUUCGAACUUCGUGCCUGCUCUAAGUUCGAGUUUGAGAUCAAUACAAUUAUAAUUUUUUUUCGAAUAUUUUGAGCAUAGUAACUAUGGUCUGACGGAAACUGCCAAUUAGAUCCUAGAAUAAAAUUGAGUUCUAAUGGAAGUUCAUUCUUCCAUUUUGUAGUUGUACAUUGUUAUUAUCACUGAUGUCCCUAUCAUUUUACAGGCGUUUUAUAAAGUCUUUCGGAGUUGGGCGUCAAAAAAGUUUAUGACAGGAUGGUGAAUUUCUCUUGAACUCUUCAUUUGUCUCCCCUUUUUUUGAUAAUUCUGCUGUCUUAUCCCAUUAGUCUGUUCACUUAGAAUGUCAAUGCCUGAUUCCUAUGAGUUCUAAUAGUUUCACCAACCGCAGCAGUUGCCCUCAAAGCAACCCAAUCCCUCACAUCUAUGUUGUUUUUGCCCUCUUUUCCACCAAGGAUACUAUCUUCGAUCAAAUCCUCUAUUUUCGCUCAUCUGUUAAAGAACUAGCCUUCUGUUGUUUCUCAUCAAUGGCAACAUGUUAUCCAGUGAGCAUUAUCCGCAUAUGAUUCAUCUAUUAUUUGUCUUCGUAUUUACUCUGCUGUUCUAAUUGGAAAUAUUAUUAAUAAAUUCUCUUGGAGGCUGAUGACCGAUCUUUUAUGUGAUGGCGAUAAAUAUGAAUCAGGUAGGCUAAUGUAUAGAAGAGAUCUACAUCGGAAUAUGUCACCAAGUGUAACCCUGAUAAAGUUGUACAAUGAUGUACUCAUUUAAUGCCAUAAAUCCAUUAAGUUUUUGGGAAGAUUGACGGAUUCAGGUGUUUGUAUGAAUAUUAUUUUAGUCCUUUAGCAUUACCCAUCGUAGAUAGCUGUUUUAUCUUUAUCAGCGAAAACACACCUAUGCAUCUGGUAUUUUAUUCUUAAUAAGAUGAGGAUGACUCUUCAAAGAUCGAUAGGAGAUAAUAAUUUUUGGAUGCUGGAAAGUAAAAGAAGAAUUUUGGCCUUAAAAAUGCAGUUCUUGGAUUUUCUUCCAGGAAUGAUAGCCUCAAUAUUUGAGGUUAUUAUUUUGAAGAAGGUAAAAGAAGAUUCAUCGCUUAGAAAACUAACAUAUAAGAAAAAGGGCCAAUUUCCAUAAGUGCAUGGUGACAAUUAAAUUCAGAUUUUAAUCUCAGUUGGGCGACUUUCAUUGGUGAGCCGAUUAAACAGCUCCUCUUCUUUCAGUUGGUUCUCGCACAUGCGCGCCAGAAAUUCCGUUUCCUUUAGCAUAUGACGUUGCAUGGCCAUGGCUCUACCUUCAGAAAAUAAAUACUAUGUGGGAAUAUCGCUUCUGGAAUGAUGAUGAUCCAGUUCAUUAAAGCUGUUCUCACAUAGCAAUGGAUCUCCUGAUUUGAUCCAUCAAUCUGGUCCUUAAGGUUGCUCUAAGAUUUGGCAUUUCCUUUAGGGGUUUGAAUCACGUAUCUUCAUAUGUAGACAAAUGAAUAAGCUGAUCUGUGUACCUGAUCUAGCAUCUUCUUGAAAUUUAUCCUUAAAAUUAUAAAGAAUAUCCGAUCCAGUUUUCUCUCAAGAUUUUGCAGAUAAUGAUUUUUUAUGGUUAUUCAAACUAUUUCUACUUCUUGACGCUUUGUCCUCCACCCAUUAUUUUUUGCUGUACUCGUGAACUUGCGUGCAUUCUUUCCAUCAUUUUUUUUUAUAAUUAGUUACAAGGAUGAAUAUCCAUUCGUCCUCUCGGAGGCAACACUUUGAUGGUUGACUGCACAAAAUUCAGUGUGACCCGGGGGCCUCGGUCAACCGCAACGUUUGUCAACCCCACCGCACUACUCUAGAUGAGGGUGAUGAACUGGGUAGUAUGAUAAACCUUGAAAUGCAGUGGAUUGGAAUCUCAUCAAAACUUUCAGUGCCGAAAUCUGUUCUUGCAUUAAUCCUUGCUGUCAAAACCUGUUCUUUUGGUUUGUGGUCAACGCUAGCUGCUCUUGAGAGACGACAGCAGGGCCUCUUUGUUUCUCUUUAGUUCCUUCAUCUUUCGAACGCAGGAGAUGAAUGUUUUCACUGGCUAACGCUCGUUCCACCGAUUCUUGCAGCGUCAUCCUGUUCCCAAUUGCGAUCACAUUCUACAUCACCUGGUGGUUCAUUCAUUUUGUCGAUGGGUUUUUCUCUCCGAUCUUUGUUCAUCUGGGGAUCAACAUGUUUGGUACGCCGGAGCUCUGUUGCCUGAUGAAAACGGCGUAUAAACGUCUAUGGCGUUCAUCUUCCUGUCGUAAUCUCCUCUGGCAGGGCUCGGCUUCGUAGCAUCGAUAACCUUCAUCUUCCUGGUGGGGGUUUUCAUGUCGUCCUGGCUCGGGGCGUCGGUCCUCGGCCUCGGGGAGUGGUUCAUCAAGCGGAUGCCCUUCGUCCGCCAUAUCUAUAACGCUUCCAAGCAGAUCAGCGCCGCCAUCUCUCCUGGUUGCCCUCCUCAUUUCUUUCAUUUGGUUUUCGUACGUUUUAGGGUUCUUGGUGUUUAUGCUCCUCUGCUGCAGAUCAAAACACGCAGGCCUUCAAGGAAGUGGCGAUUAUCAGGCACCCCAGGAUCGGUGAAUACGCCCUGGGCUUCAUCACCUCCAGCGUCGUCCUCCAGGUAAUCUAGGUUUUCCCGAAUAAUCUCCCGAGGUCGUCCAUCGAUAUCAUGUUUCAAUUCCUGCGACCAGACAUACUCCGGCGAGGAGCAGCUCUGCUGCGUCUACGUCCCGACGAACCAUCUCUACAUUGGCGACAUAUUCUUGAUCAAUUCCGCGGACGUCAUCAGGCCCAACCUAUCCGUCCGCGAAGGGAUCGGUGACUGGCUUAGCUCAUCCCAAAACCCUAAUCUUCCUCGGCGACCCCAUCUCACAAUUUUUCGGUUUAUUCUUGUGCAGAGAUCGUCGUCUCCGGCGGCAUGUCGAUGCCCCAGAUCCUCUCAACCCUCGACUCCCCCUCGAUCCAAGUUGACAGAACAAGAUCGGGAAGAGCCUGA